GAGCCGCCGGACGGAGCCUCUUCGCCCAGCUUUGGGUAGCUGAGUCGAGGCAGCUCGGUUCCCAAGGCAGAAGCGGCCGCCCCCGCCCACUCGCUGGGCACUCCCAGCAGCCGCCGCUUCUUUUAACCUCUGCGGGUUGAGACAAAAGAGCAUGAUGAGUCGGGCAGCCAGGCCAAUCAGCGGGGCGAGGGGGCGGCCUCCCCGCGCAGCCUCCUGCUCAGGGCCAUUGCUAGCAAAAAGGAGUAGCUGGCUGGCGGGGUCUGCAGCACACAGGCGCGGGAGCCAGUGCGGUGUCAAGUGCAGCUCGGACUCUUGGACCCUGCCGAUUGGCAUUUUACCUUUCUUCCAUCUGCACCCAGGUAUCUUCAGCAUGGGGGAACAAAACCACUCUCCCGGGAAGGAGCUUCAGCCCUGGACACGAAAAGAGGCUCCAGGAAAGAGAAGCUGGCACUCCCAUGCCUACGCCCUUGGUGCCAUUUCCAACUUUAUGUCUACUUUUCUGACCUUUCCUAUCUAUAAGGUUAUGUUCCGGCAACAGAUCCAUGCUGUGGCGGUGUCAGAGGCUGUGAGGCAACUUUGGCAUGAAGGCCCUCAAUACUUCUACCGGGGAAUCUACCCACCUCUUCUCUCCAAGACAUUGCAAGGGACUCUGCUGUUUGGGACUUACGAUAGCAUGCUGUUUUGUCUCUCCCCUGUUGGGCCACACUCCCUGGGGCACCGCUGGGCUGCGGGGCUCAUGUCUGGUGUGGUGGAGGCUGUGGCACUCAGCCCCUUUGAGAGGGUGCAAAAUGUGCUCCAAGAUGGUCGCAAGCAAGCUCGCUUUCCCAGCACCUUCAGCAUUCUCAAGGAAUUUCACUCUUAUGGGCUUUGGGGCCGGCUGUCACAGGGUUACUAUCGUGGUUUCUGGCCUGUCCUUCUCAGGAACAGCCUGGGGAGUGCUCUGUAUUUUUCCUUCAAGGAUCCCAUCCAGAAUAGCUUGGCAGAGCAGGGCCUGCCCCACUGGGUUCCUGCCUUGGUGUCUGGGAGUGUCAAUGGAACAAUCACCUGCCUAGUUCUGUAUCCUCUGAUUGUGCUGGUUGCCAAUAUGCAGUCCCACAUUGGCUGGCAGAGCAUGCCAAGCUUAUGGGCUUCUGUCCAGGAUGUGUGGGACACUCGGGGCCGAAAGGUAUUUAUGAUAUACCGGGGAGGUUCCCUGGUCAUCCUAAGGUCCAGUGUAACCUGGGGCCUCACUACUGCUAUCCAUGACUUCCUGCAGAGGAGGUAUCAUUCCAGGAAAGAGCUGAAAGACUGACUGGCUGCAGGCGGUGUAGUGUGGCCAUGGCAACUUGUCAUUCUAAGCCUUCCUGGGGUGCCUUAAAUAGCUUACUUCUUUGGUUUGGUCACCUAAUACAACUAUUCUUUAAAAUCUCAACCGUCAGUGCACUCGAGAAGGUCCCAACUACCAGCCUGUUGUGUAAAGACAAAACCCAAUAGGGUUCCUUGGUUAGAAAAAGAAAUUCACCCCAGUUUAUCCACAGCUUCAACAGGCUCAGACCCAGGAGGGCUUUAAGUAACAUGUCACCUGCAUGAAAUGUCAUUCCUUUAAGGAAUUUACUGACAUUAAGAGGAAACUCUAAAAGAUGACCUUAAUCAGGCACUGUGAGUUCUGGGACCCCUCCAGUUGUCUUCUGGGCCAAACUGAGUGGAGGACCAGGAAUUCCAAUUUCAGAGAACUAAGCUUGACUCUUGGGAUGGGGAUUCCAGAGACUUUUUCAGAUGGCUACGUUUUCAUGACACUGUUCACUACCCCUGCCACCACCACUCUCACUUUUCAAAGUUGUGGGUGCUAGUUUCAGGGUAGUGGUUGUGGCUGGAAAUCCUGAAUUAGACUUGCCUCAACUGAUCAGGUGCCACAAGAACUGGUGGGAAUGGGAAGAAGUGUGGACCCUGUAUGGAUGGAAGAAGUUUAGUUACAUGCAGAAUAGAAAAUUCUACUAUUGGUUGAUUGGUGUUACACGCUGGGACAUUUCUGAUAGCAAGGCAAUAACAUUGCCUAGUAACCACUUGAGUUUCCCUAAGAAAUCUGGAACUGAAAUGACUGUAUCUCUUCAUAAAUAAUUGCAUAUUUUAUUGCCAUGGAUAAAUAUAAUUACUGUGACAUAAGUUAAAGAUCUGAAAUUGUAGCCUGUCAUUUAAAGCCAUUCAAAAUAUGGCCCCAUAAAAUUUGUAGCAUAUUAUCACACCAUUCCCACUUACAUAGAUCCCAUGCUCUAGCCAAACUGGAGUAUUGUUCCCUCCUCAAACAUGCUACUAACUUUCCCAUAGCCAUGCUUUGGCCCACUCUAUCUUCUCCACCUGUAAUACCUGUUCUCUACAUGCCAGUCUGCCAAAAUCCUUCCAGUUCUUCAAAGCCCAGCUCAGAUGCCACCUUCUCUAAGGAGCCUCUUCUGAUUGCCCCUACUGAAUGUGAUUGCCUCUAAGUAAAUGUGACAUUAGUUUCUUGUGAUGUCUCUUUCCAAUUACACUUCAUACGUGGUACUGAUUCCAUUAUGUCACUGAGCUCAUGUGGUCCUCUGUUCUUGAUGUUCUUCAAUAUCUCCUACUAGACUGUAAAAUUUCUUAAAAGCAGGGAUUCUUGUAUAUGUUUUUAAAUCUCCCAUUGUGCCUAGGUGCUCAAUAAUGUUGGUUGAAUUAUUGAAUUGAUUAUCAAGCUGUGAUAUGGUCUUUAUACUCAGGGUGCUGUCCCUUGUACAUGAAGAUAAUGUUAUUGAUUCAUUUUCAUGAAGACAUCUGUCUUUAGGGUGUGAUUUUUGUUUUAUUAGUGGAUUAAGUUUUGUGCUAAUGAUAAUGAUUCUGAUGAUGAUGAUAAUAAUAAUACCAACAAUAAUUAAAAGUGACUUUCAA